AUGAUGUUCCCGGAGCAGCCUGGGCCCAAGCCCACCCCUGCAGCCCGUCGCUGCUCCGGCCUGGCCCGGCGGGUGCUGACCGUCACCUUCGCCCUGCUCAUCCUGGGCCUCAUGACCUGGGCCUAUGCCGCUGGCGUGCCCCUGGCCUCCGAUCGCCACGGCCUCCUGGCCUUCGGCCUCUACGGGGCCUUCCUCUCGGCGCACCUGGUGGCGCAGAGCCUCUUCGCCUACCUGGAGCACCGGCGGGUGGCAGCGGCGGCGCGGCGCGUGGCCAAGCGGGGGCCACUGGACGCGGCCGGGGCGCGCAGCGUGGCGCUGACCAUCUCGGCGUACCAGGAGGACCCCGCGUACCUGCGCCAGUGCCUGGUGUCUGCGCGCGCCCUGCAGUACCCGCGCGCGCGCCUGCGCGUACUCAUGGUGGUGGACGGCAACCGCCCCGAGGACCUCUACAUGGUGGACAUGUUCCGCGAGGUCUUCGCGGACGAGGACCCUGCCACCUACGUGUGGGACGGCAACUACCACCAACCCUGGGAGCCGGCGGCGGCGGGGGUGCCCGGCGCCUACCGCGAAGUGGAGGCUGAGGAUCCUGGGCGCCUGGCAGUGGAGGCGCUGGUGAGGACUCACCGGUGUGUGUGCGUGGCCCAGCGCUGGGGUGGCAAGCGCGAAGUCAUGUACACAGCCUUCAAGGCGCUAGGCGACUCGGUGGACUAUGUGCAGGUCUGUGACUCAGACACAAGGCUGGACCCUAUGGCGCUGCUGGAGCUAGUGCACGUGCUGGACGAAGACCCCCGGGUGGGGGCUGUAGGAGGUGACGUGCGGAUUCUGAACCCCCUGGACUCCUGGGUCAGCUUCCUAAGCAGCUUGCGGUACUGGGUGGCCUUCAAUGUGGAGCGGGCUUGUCAGAGCUACUUCCACUGUGUGUCCUGCAUCAGUGGCCCCCUAGGUCUGUACCGGAACAACCUCCUGCAGCAGUUCCUCGAGGCCUGGUACAACCAGAAGUUCUUGGGCACACAUUGUACCUUUGGAGAUGACCGGCACCUGACCAAUCGCAUGCUCAGCAUGGGCUACGCCACCAAGUACACCUCCCGGUCCCGAUGCUACUCGGAGACCCCCUCCUCCUUCCUGCGCUGGCUCAGCCAGCAGACGCGCUGGUCCAAGUCCUACUUCCGCGAGUGGCUGUACAACGCGCUGUGGUGGCACCGGCACCACGCCUGGAUGACCUACGAGGCCGUGGUCUCGGGCCUCUUCCCCUUCUUCGUGGCGGCCACGGUGCUGCGGCUCUUCUACGCCGGGCGCCCCUGGGCGCUGCUGUGGGUGCUGCUGUGUGUGCAGGGCGUGGCGCUGGCCAAGGCGGCCUUCGCGGCCUGGCUGCGGGGCUGCGGGCGCAUGGUACUGCUCUCGCUCUACGCGCCCCUCUACAUGGGCGGCCUCCUGCCCGCCAAGUUCCUGGCGCUGGCCACCAUGAACCAGAGCGGCUGGGGCACGUCGGGCCGCCGCCAGCUGGCUGCCAACUACGUGCCCGUGCUGCCGCUGGCCCUCUGGGCGCUGCUGCUGCUCGGAGGCCUGGUGCGUAGCGUGGUCCAGGAGGCCACGUCCGACUGGAGCGGGCCCUCCCGGGCCGCCGAGGCCCGCCACCUGGCCGCGGGCGCCGGCGCCUACCUGGGCUACUGGCUGGUCAUGCUGACGCUGUACUGGGUGGGCGUGCGGAGGCUCUGCCGGCGGCGCUCAGGGGGCUACCGGGUCCAGGUGUAA